UUCUUCAUUCUGAUCAUAAUUUUUCAACAAAAUUCAGAUCUUCAAUCAACAAAAAUGGAACCAAGAAACCAAACUUCAACACAAGAAGACGAAACCCAGAUCAUAUCCCGUCGAAUCCAACGGCUAUCCUGCCACCUCUCGCCAAUCCAACGCCCAUUAGAUCAACUGGCUAUGGCGCCAUGUGCAAGAGCAAAACUAGAGGUGAACACAGAGAAACUGAGUUUAUUCAUGAGAGGGAAGCACAGGGAUAUUCAAGACAAGGUGUUCGAGUAUUUUAACUCUCGGCCGGAGCUGCAAACGCCGGUGGAGAUUUCAAAAGACGAGCAUAGAGAGCUUUGCUGGAGGCAAUUGUUGGGGUUAGUUAGAGAGGCGGGGAUUAAGCCGUUUCGGUAUGUGGUUGAUGAUCCCGAAAAGUAUUUUGCGAUUCUUGAAGCUGUUGGGAGUGUUGACAUGUCUCUUGGGAUCAAGAUGGGGGUUCAAUAUAGUCUUUGGGGAGGUUCUGUGAUUAACUUAGGAACUAAAAAGCAUAGAAUUAAGUACUUUGAUGGCAUCGACAAUUUGGAUUACCCAGGUUGUUUUGCUAUGACAGAAUUACAUCAUGGUUCAAAUGUUCAAGGCCUCCAAACAGUGGCAACAUUUGAUCCACUUACAGAUGAAUUUGUAGUCAAUACACCUAAUGAUGGAGCCAUAAAAUGGUGGAUUGGCAAUGCCGCAGUUCAUGGGAAGUUUGCCACUGUUUUUGCCAAGCUGAUGCUGCCAACUCAUGAUUCUAAAGGCGUGAAAGACAUGGGUGUCCAUUCCUUUAUUGUUCCGAUAAGGGAUUUGAAUACUCAUCAGACACUUCCAGGAAUCGAAAUACAUGACUGUGGCCAUAAAGUUGGCCUGAAUGGGGUAGAUAAUGGAGCAUUGAGGUUCCGUUCAGUAAGAAUUCCUCGAGAUAAUCUUCUGAAUCGAUUUGGUGAUGUCUCUCGAGAUGGGAAGUAUACUAGCAGUCUUCCGACCAUAAAUAAACGGUUUGCUGCUACCCUAGGAGAACUUGUUGGUGGAAGGGUCGGACUUGCUUAUUCUUCAGUUGCUGUACUCAAGCUUGCUGGAACUAUCGCCAUCAGAUAUUCAUUGUUGCGUCAGCAGUUUGGUCCUCCCAAGCAGCCGGAAGUUAGCAUCCUCGAUUAUCAGUCUCAACAGCACAAGCUCAUGCCAAUGCUAGCUUCAACUUAUGCAUUCCAUUUUGCAACUUUGCAUUUGGUGCAAAAAUAUUCGGAGAUGAAAAAGACUCACGAUGAAGAAUUAGUUGGGGAUGUACAUGCUCUUUCUGCUGGCCUUAAAGCUUAUGUGACAUCAUACACAGCAAAGUCAUUGAGUGUCUGCAGGGAAGCAUGCGGAGGCCAUGGUUAUGCUGCUGUUAACCGGUUUGGCUCCUUAAGAAAUGAUCAUGACAUUUUUCAGACAUUUGAAGGGGACAACACCGUGCUUCUGCAACAGGUAGCAGGUGAUCUGUUGAAGCAAUACAAGGAGAAGUUCCAAGGUGGGACACUGACAGUUACAUGGAACUAUUUGAAGGAGUCCAUGAACACAUAUCUGUCUCAGCCAAAUCCUGUUACCGCACGAUGGGAAGGUCAAGAACACUUGAGAGAUCCUAAAUUUCAGUUGGAUGCCUUCAGAUAUCGAACGUCUCGGUUGCUUCAAAGUGUUGCAGUCCGACUGCGCAAGCAUUCUAAAACUCUUGGAAGCUUUGGUGCUUGGAAUCGGUGCUUGAAUCACCUCCUCACGCUUGCAGAAUCUCAUAUUGAAUCUGUUAUCCUUGCAAAGUUUAUUGAAGCAGUGAACAAUUGUCCUGAUGCUAGUUCUCGAGCUGCCUUGAAACUUGCUUGUGAUCUUUAUGCCUUGGAUCGAAUCUGGAAUGACAUAGGAACAUACCGGAAUGUUGAUUAUGUUGCUCCAAACAAAGCUAAGGCAAUCCACAAGCUCACAGAAUAUCUUUGUUUCCAAGUGAGAAAUAUAGCUAGGGAACUUGUUGAUGCAUUUGAUCUUCCCGAUCAUGUCACGCGAGCUCCAAUCGCCAUGCAGUCUGAAGCAUAUUCUCAAUACACUCAAUAUGUAGGAUUUUAAUCAGUAGAAAAAAAGCAACAAGAAAUGGAAAAGAAAAGUUCAAGAUUGCACAACUGGGGAAGAGUUGGAUGUCAUGAAUUUUCUUGUUCCUUCUUCUGUAUUUUUAUUUGGAAUAGAAAAAUAAUGUCAUCAAAUUCAAAGAAUAACAUUUUUGAUUAAUCCAUUAGUUUUUUUUUU